AUGUUCGUCAGUAAAAGCGUGAUUCUCGCGGCGGCCACGCUGAAAUAUUUUUGUUCUGAUGCUGAGGUUUCGUCGAUGGGACCCGUCGAAGUGACCCCUCGAAUCAGUAUCAAAUACUUCCGUCGUCAUUCUACGACACAAGGCUUAACAUUCCUCCAAGGAGGAGACGUUCACGCUACUUAG